CGUGGGCGGAGCGAGUUGUUCGGCGCCUGCGUAGUGCGGUGGGCGGGCUGGUGACCCGCGGGUUUGCUGGCGGGAGCUGCUGCGACGCCGGUGUUGGGGAGCGAUGCCGCGAGAAAUCAUCACCCUGCAGUUGGGCCAGUGCGGCAAUCAGAUUGGGUUCGAGUUCUGGAAACAGCUGUGCGCCGAGCAUGGUAUCAGCCCCGAGGGCAUCGUCGAGGAGUUCGCCACCGAGGGCACCGACCGCAAGGACGUCUUUUUCUACCAGGCAGACGAUGAGCACUACAUCCCCAGAGCUGUGCUGCUGGAUCUGGAGCCCCGAGUGAUCCACUCCAUCCUCAACUCCCCCUAUGCCAAGCUCUACAACCCAGAGAACAUCUACCUUUCAGAGCACGGAGGAGGGGCUGGGAACAACUGGGCCAGCGGAUUCUCCCAGGGAGAGAAGAUCCAUGAGGACAUUUUUGACAUCAUAGACCGAGAGGCAGAUGGCAGUGACAGUCUAGAGGGCUUUGUGCUAUGUCACUCUAUUGCUGGGGGGACAGGCUCUGGCCUGGGCUCCUACCUCUUAGAACGACUGAAUGACAGGUACCCCAAGAAGCUUGUGCAGACAUACUCAGUGUUCCCUAACCAGGAUGAGAUGAGUGACGUGGUGGUCCAACCCUACAACUCACUACUCACACUCAAGAGGCUGACGCAGAAUGCAGACUGUGUGGUAGUGCUGGACAACACAGCCUUGAACAGGAUCGCCACAGACCGCCUGCACAUCCAGAACCCAUCUUUCUCCCAGAUCAACCAGCUGGUGUCCACCAUCAUGUCAGCCAGCACCACCACCCUGCGCUACCCUGGAUACAUGAAUAACGACCUCAUUGGCCUCAUCGCCUCGCUCAUCCCCACACCACGGCUCCACUUCCUCAUGACCGGCUACACCCCCCUCACCACGGACCAGUCGGUGGCAAGUGUGAGGAAGACCACGGUCCUGGAUGUCAUGAGGCGGCUGCUGCAGCCCAAGAAUGUGAUGGUGUCCACAGGCCGGGAUCGUCAGACCAACCACUGCUAUAUCGCCAUCCUCAACAUCAUCCAGGGAGAAGUGGACCCCACCCAGGUUCACAAGAGCUUGCAAAGGAUCCGGGAAAGGAAGUUGGCCAACUUCAUCCCCUGGGGCCCAGCCAGCAUCCAGGUGGCACUGUCAAGAAAGUCUCCCUACCUGCCCUCGGCGCAUCGGGUCAGUGGACUCAUGAUGGCCAACCACACCAGCAUCUCCUCGCUCUUUGAGCGGACCUGUCGCCAGUAUGACAAACUGCGGAAGCGGGAGGCCUUCCUGGAGCAGUUCCGCAAAGAGGACAUCUUCAAGGAGAACUUCGAUGAGCUGGACACAUCCAGGGAGAUAGUGCAGCAGCUUAUUGAUGAAUACCAUGCAGCCACCCGGCCGGACUACAUCUCCUGGGGCACCCAGGAGCAGUGAGUCCCCCAGGACAGGAACCCUCAUCUGCCUUACUGGUUGGUCCAGGCUUCACCAGCCUGGCCCACUCAGAGCACAGAUCAGGGACCUCACACAUCUCUUUCUCAUGACAUGUAUACAUGCACUGUCUCUCAGCCUGGGAAUACAUAUCUUCUCUCCUUAUAAAGCUAUUUAUGUUUAAUAAAGCACUGGACAUAAAUGAAGUCACUGGUCUCUUUGAAGACUUAGAAAAAAAAUGGGGAAAGGAGAAGCGUGUUCUUUUUCUUAUCACUCUCACAGUCUGCCCCCACAUCCAGUAUCUUUGCUCUGAGCAAACAGCUCCCUUACAUUUUCCUUCUCCUGUUCUGAGACAACAGGGAUGGGGCAGACCCACCCGAGAAAUUCUCUCCAGGGCAAACAAGCCCAUAGAUAUUACCUUGCUCUUUAUCUAACACUCUGGGUCCCUGCUACCCCAUUGUAGCAGGUGCACAUUCCACCUGUUUCACAGUUCCAUGUCACAGAGUCCUGUCGAUUAUCACAGCAGCAGACUUGUGGCCAACCACCCCCGCAGUCAGGCUCAGGGCAAGCAGUGGCCCAAGUGCUAGGAGGCCUGUCCUUGUACAGUGUAUCAAUUGUGCUUUAUCAAGUGCACCACCACCUGGCCCCAACUUCACGUUAUUUUAGUCCUCUCAACAAUGCUAUGAAGUAGUAGAUAUUAUUAAUGCCAUCUUAUAAGUAAGGAAAUAGUCUCAGAGUAAUUAAUUCACCAAGUCGCACAGUUAAUAAAUGACAGCAUUGGA